UUUAAAACCCUAAAACCCCCCAAUCCCAACCUUAUCUCCAUCCCCUCUUCUUUCCUCCCCAACGUCUCUCUCUCUGCUGCUCCAAUGGCGACCAUGAGCUCGUCCUCCCUUUCCUCCCUCAAAGCCCAAAUAUUCUCAUCUCCGAACCCUAGAAUGAUCCCGCGCCCCGCCCUACACCCCAACUCCUUUCUUCUCCCUCCCUCGUCCCGCUACCGGCCGGCCUUCCGCCCGGGGGUGGCCCGGGCGAUGGCUGUGGACGGCGAGUACUCCUCGAGGAGGAGCAGCAGCAGCGAGCCGAGAGAGACGAUCAUGCUGCCUGGAUGCGAUUACAACCACUGGCUCAUCGUCAUGGAGUUUCCUAAGGACCCCGCCCCCACGCGGGAGCAGAUGAUCGAGACCUACCUCAACACUCUCGCCACCGUUCUCGGAAGCAUGGAGGAAGCUAAGAAGAACAUGUAUGCAUUUAGUACAACUACUUAUACUGGUUUUCAGUGCACUGUAUCCGAGGAGACUUCAGAGAAAUUCAAGGGAUUGCCUGGUGUUCUUUGGGUACUCCCAGAUUCCUAUAUCGAUGUGAAAAACAAGGACUAUGGAGGUGAUAAAUAUAUAAAUGGGAAGAUAAUUCCAUGUACAUACCCAACCUACCAGCCAAAACAACGGAGUGGUUCAAAAUACCAGAGCAGGAGGUACGAGAGACGGAGGGAUGGUCCAUCUGUACGGGGAAGACCAAGACAAGAUGCUCCUCAGCCCGAGUCAGCUUCUUAAUGGGCUAAUGCUGUUUUGCAGGUAGAUCAUUAAAUGUUAUGCACCAAUGAAAGGAUGGCACUUCACCAAAUCCUAUGAUCUGUUACUACCUAAUGUCAAUUCUACAGUGAGAAUCAUCUUUUCUGAUGAUAGAAGUAGAAUUUGCUGAUGUGAGAUGAGUAGUGUCAUUAUCAAGUGGCUGUUCAUAUAUCAUGCAAUGUAAGUUUUCUGGUACUUUUUAAAUUCAUUAUAUGUCGUCUACUACUACUUGCAGAAUUGGAUAUAUUAUUUAACCACAUGCUGUCAUGUAUGCAACUCUAAAUUAUAUUC